AUGUAUGUUGUGGGCAACUCUGGGUCAGGGAAUGACUCCCCCGACACCCCUGCUCAUCCUCUUCAUUCUCCUACACUCUCCGUCAAUUCCAAGAUCGGAAAGAAUAAACUGAGCAAGGAGGCUGGUCUAUCUACGUCAAGUGCUCUUAACAAGUUCAAAUCACAAAUUAGAAAGCCUCCUCGUCGUAAAACCUCGCCUAUUAAUUGGUUCCCACGCAAAAAAGGGGAUACGUACAUGAAUAGGAAAAUCAAGAUGCUUCAGGAAGUAGAUGGUAUAAAUUUGACGCUUGAUCAGACUCUAGGCAGUUCUAACCCACAUUAUUCAAGAGUGCUGAGAGAGAAAAUGGCAGCUAGAGAAGCGGCCCAUAAAGCAAUGGAGACCCAAAGAGCUGCAUUAGUGGAAGCCUCUUGGUGUCGUAUUUUACGUGCUGCCAGGAUUCCUAGUGAUGAUGCAGAGGCGCAACUCUUGAAGGCAGAAAAAAGUGCUGAAGAGGCUUUUGGGACAGCCCAGGCUAUGGGUGUUAUUAUGUUUGACUUGCCAAACUGCUCUAGGAAGCAUUGUCAAACAGAGACAUCCUCUGUUCAUGGAGAAGGAUCAUCUACCCAUGCUGUUACUGCAUCUUUUGAAACUGCCUUUGAGGUGGACAGAGAAGUGGCUGCAGCUGUCAAAACUGCAUUUAUUAGGCUUGCAAACUGCCCUUCAUUUAGUAAAGGUGAAUUCAGCGAAAUUCUAAGAAAAAUUAGUGAAAAUCCAGAUACUGAUGAAAAUAAUCAGGACUCGACUGAGUUCUGUCCAGAGUAUGAAUCUGAGUCUGGGUCAGAGCUUAAUUCAGCCUCUCAAAAGGGUGACUUCAACUCCCAAGACUUGGAUUCCAAGAUACCUUUUCUUGGGACAAACAAAAGGAGACAGUCUCUUGAGAACAAAAUAAAACUUGUGGAUAUGAUGACUGAGAGGUUAAAAUGCUUGCAAGAAGAUGAACUUUCUUCUCUCGCCACGAUAGUUGCAACUUAUGGUCUGAAUGCUGCCUUGGCUGAAGUGCAGAAUGCCAAACUGCACAAUUCAGACUCUACUACUGAGUAUUCAUUCUCUUUGGCCACUAAUUUUCCAGCAAGAAGAAUGUCAUCAGGAUUGGGAAAGUUAGCCUUGGAUGUGACGAGAAAGAAGCAAGUUGAGCCAGAAUUACCAAGCCUAGAUAAGUUUUUAGUUAAGCACAUGACAAAACUUGAAAGAGAGGUUUGGGAAGCCAAACAAACUCGAAAGAAUGAGACAGAAUCAGUCAGAGAUAGCUCUCGUAAAUCCGUUGAUGAAACUCCACCUGAGAUGGUACCUGAUUUGGGAAGUAUUCUAGUGAAGAGUUACUCAAAAUUAGAGAAAGACAUCGAAGAGGCAAAAAUAAAGUCUGGAAAAGAGAUGACAGCAGUUCCAAGUGGCAUGCCAAACAAGCAAAGGGAUCGCAUAGAAGUACCAAGCUUGGAUAAGGUCUUAGUGAAACAUGUCUCAAGACUUGAAAAGGUAGUCCAAGAAGCAAAAACCAGAAGAAUCAAUGAGAACAGAGGUUUGAAGAAAAAAGUUGAUGAAGCAUUGGACAAGAAAGAAAACAUAAAUUCAAAUAUAGAGUUAAAUUCAGGGGAAAACAAAGAUGGGUUGGAGAAAAUGCUGAUAAAGCCGGUGCACAGAUUGGAAAGAGAGAAGUUGCAUGCCAUGUCAUUGGGAAACCGUGAAAACUACAAACAAAGAAUGAAACAUGAGGCAACGAAUGUUCCAGAUUGUGAGAGCUUAGAUAAAGUUUUAGUAAAGCAUGUCUCUAGACUGGAGAAGGAGAAAAUGAGCAACAAUACAAGGGAAGAAUGGGGCCAAGUUCAGAGAAGCCACAGAAACAUCCAUUCGGAAACCAAUGACGGCGGUCUGGAUCAGGUGUUGGUUAAGCAUAAAUCCAGACUCGAGCAAGAAAAGAUGGUUGCUGCUCAGCAGCCAGAGACUUCAGUUAGUCGUUCAAUGACUCGUCGUGAAGCAAGGGAGAGAGAGUUGCUAGAAACUUGGGGAGGAUUGAGCUUAGGAAACAACAUCCAUCUGGAAAGAAAUGAAGGUGGUCUGGACCAAGUGUUGGUUAAAAAUAAAUCCAGACUUGAGCGAGAAAAGGUGGUUGCUGCUCAGCAGCCAGAGAACUCAGUUAGUCUUUCAGUGACUCGUCGUGAAGCAAGGGAGAGAGAGUUGCAAGAAGCUUGGGGAGGACUGAGUCUAGGAAACUCCAUUAAACCUCGUGCUUCUAAGCUUGAACGAGAAAAGGUUAGUCUUAUAUAG